CGUCAUUUAGGUGUACGAGACUAAAGGAGAACGUUGUCAGUAGUUUGUGUACGUAGGAGAUCGCGAUCAAUCUGCGCAUUGCCAUCUCAAACAUGGCAAGACGAGAUCACUUUCAUGUGCUGAUAGUUUGUUCUCAGCAAUCAGGGAUGCAAGCUGCAUGUCGUGUAUUUGAGCACCAGACAGACAGCAAGUUUGAACGAGUUCACACUGAUCUUCCCUACAGUCUGUGUUUAUGUCGUAAAUGGAAUGGGUUGCCUCUAACCAUAGCUAUGGUAGCUCAGGUUAAGUCUGGUGGUACUGAGACGAUGAAGCUUGUUGCUGACCUGGCAAAUUAUUUUACUGUUGGCAUGAUUGCAAUGACUGGCAUUUGUGCUGGAGAAGAAGACAAGUACAACGAAAUUGAAUAUGGGACUGUUGUGGUAGCCAACAGAACAACAACAGAGUCAGGUGGCUUGGAGAAGGCAGACUCAAAAUUUGAAUCUCAUGCUCGUUAUAAGGAAGUAGACAAACAGAUUUUACCAGCAAUAAAUGAAUUGGUUGCUGUAAAGGGGUCUCUCUCGAUGGAUUGUAUUCCUAGCCAAUCAUAUCGUCCCAGUCCACGAUAUGUGAAAGAGCUGCUGUUGAAGUCUGUUUUAGACAGUGGAGGCAUCAAAAUGGAGGAUCUAGUAGCAACUAUUGAAUCUAAACUUCCUGGCAUUGAAAUCCUUGCACUUAAUGAGGUUUUAGAUAAGAUUAUGAACGAUUCCAAACCUUGGAUUAGUACAGAAGACAAACUUUUGAAGGCAACAGAUGAAGGAAAGGUGUAUGCUAAUGACCAAUCUUCUUUUCCAUGUGGAGACCAUGAUGUCAUUGCUGCUGUUUCAGCAUCCAUUGGAUCUGUUUUGACUGAGGUGAAUAAUCUUGACAAGGAGAUGGAGACACUGAAACAACGUAUGGAAGAUCGUGACAUAAAGGCUAUUGAUAGAGAAGCUCAUUUCUUUAUGGAACAAGCGACAGACAGCUUCAGUCCCGGACUGCCGAUUGUGAUGAAAGGAAUAUCGGACUACGGCACUGAACCCAGCAAGCUCAGUUAUUACAGAGUGCAUGCUGCUUCUACAUCAGCAGCGUUUCUUAGACAUUUUGUUGCACAAAAGAAUUUCCUUAUCAGUAAGUAG